UGCAGAAGGCAGGUGACUACCCCGUUAGUCUAUUCUAAUCCAAGGAUUUCCCAAGGAAGGGGUAGAGGCCACAACUCAUGCUCAUCUCUCAAGCUGCAAAGAGAUCCACAGAAUCAAACCAAAAUGACAACUCAAUUUGGUUGCCAGCAUUGCACAUCAUCGCUUCUUGGGAAGAAAUACAUUCUGAAGAACGACAAUCCUUACUGUGUCUCCUGCUACGAUCGCAUCUUCUCUAAUUAUUGUGAAGCAUGCAAAGAACCAAUUGAAUCAGAUUCCAAGGAUCUUUGUUACAAAGGCCGCCAUUGGCAUGAAGCAUGCUUCAGGUGCAGCAAAUGCUAUCAGUCUUUGGUGGAAAAUCCUUUUGCUGCCAAGGAUGAGCGCCUGCUAUGCACGGAGUGCUAUUCUAACGAGUGCUCCUCAAAGUGCUUCCACUGCAAGAGGACCAUCAUGCCUGGUUCUCGCAAAAUGGAAUUUAAGGGGAACUACUGGCACGAAACCUGCUUUGUGUGCGAAUACUGCCGGCAACCAAUAGGAACGAAGCCUUUGAUCUCCAGAGAGACUGGCAACUGUUGUGUGCCAUGUUUUGAGAAGGAGUUUGCUCAGUACUGCAACUCUUGUAAGAAGGUGAUAACUUCUGGUGGAAUAACGUUUCGUGACCAGCAAUGGCACAAAGAGUGUUUUCUAUGCAGUGGCUGCAGGAAAGAGCUUUGUGAAGAAGAGUUUAUGUCCAGAGACGAUUAUCCCUUCUGCCUGGACUGCUACAACCACCUUUAUGCCAAAAGGUGUGCAGCCUGUGCCAAGCCCAUUACUGGUCUAAGAGGUGCCAAAUUUAUCUGCUUUCAAGACCGCCAGUGGCACAGUGAGUGCUUCAACUGCGGGAAGUGCUCCAUCUCCCUGGUGGGGGAAGGCUUCCUGACCCAGAACACUGAGAUCUGCUGCCGGAAAUGUGGCUCUGGUGUGGACAGUGACAUCUAAUCUUCUCCCACAGGAAAUCCACUUUGCCUUUGUUCUCACUAAAUCCAGAACUCA